GGGGGCGGCGGCGGAGCGGGGCCGUGAGCGCGGAGCGGGCGGCGGGGCCAUGGCGGGGCCGGCCUGACCCGGCCCGACCCGACCCGACCCGCGCUCGCUGCCGCGAUGUUGCCGAGCCAGGCCGGGGCCGGGAACGGCGCCGCCGCCGCGCUGGCCCGCGGCUCGGGACUGGGCCGGGCGCCGGUGCCGCGUGGGGCGAACGGCGGCGGGGCGGCGGCGGGGCCGCCCGGGGGUCGCCUGGAGCGGGAGGCGCUGUACAGCGGCAGCGAGGGCGACUCGGAGUCGGCCGAGGAGGAGGAGCUGGGCGGCGAGCGGCGCGGCGUGAAGCGGGGCCUGGCCGAGGCGGCGGCGGCGGCGGGGCCCGCGGCGGGAGCGGCGGCGGCCGCCUACAGCGGCGGCGGCGGCGGGGGCGGUGGGGCCGUGAGCGGCGCCAAGCCCGGGAAGAAGACGCGGGGCCGGGUGAAGAUCAAGAUGGAGUUCAUCGACAACAAGCUGCGGCGCUACACCACCUUCAGCAAGAGGAAGACCGGCAUCAUGAAGAAGGCCUAUGAACUCUCCACGCUGACCGGCACCCAAGUCCUACUGCUGGUGGCCAGCGAGACAGGCCAUGUGUACACAUUUGCCACACGGAAGCUGCAGCCCAUGAUCACCAGUGAGACGGGGAAGGCGUUGAUCCAAACGUGCCUCAACUCCCCAGACUCACCGCCACGCUCGGACCCGACCACUGACCAGCGCAUGAGUGCCACGGGCUUCGAGGAGACGGACCUCACCUACCAGGUGUCCGAGUCGGACAGCAGUGGGGAGACCAAGGACGCACUGAAACCAGCGUUCACUGUCACCAACCUGCCGGGGACAACAUCCACCAUCCAGACAGCCCCCACCACCUCAACCUCUAUGCAGGUCAGCAGUGGCCCAUCAUUCCCCAUCACUAAUUACCUGGCGCCAGUGUCUGCCAGCAUCAGCCCCAAUGCCGUCACCAGUGCCAACGGGACAGUGCUGAAGACUACUGGAGCCAGUGCAGUGACAUCUGGGGGCCUCAUGCCGAUACCCACCAGCUUCACCCUCAUGUCAGGUGGUACCAUGGCUCAGCAGGUCCCAGUCCAGGCGAUCCAGGUGCACCAGGCACCGCAGCAAACGUCUCCCUCUAGUGACAGCAGCACUGACCUUACCCAGACCUCUUCCAGCGGAACAGUGACCCUCCCGGCGACCAUCAUGACGUCGUCUGUGCCAACCACUGUGGGUGGCCACAUGAUGUACCCCAGCCCACACGCGGUGAUGUACGCGCCCACAUCUGGCCUUGCGGACGGCGGGCUUGCAGUCCUCAACGCGUUCUCACAGGCGCCCUCAGCGAUGCAGGUGUCCCACGGCCAGGUCCAGGAUCAGGGUGGCGUCCCCCAAGUGUUCCUGACAGCCCCAUCAGGCACCGUUCAGAUCCCAGUCUCAGCUGUCCAGCUUCACCAGGUAGGAGCAGAGUGGUAUUCGCAGGUGUUCAGGGGGUAUCCUUGCUCUGCCCCUGCUUGCACAUUCUUUGUGGGUCUGGGCAGACCCAGGUCCUCGGGUAUGGCUAGUCCUCAGGUGUGGGAAAGCUGUCAGUGCCACCUACCUGUGGGUGAGGAAGUCUUACCCUCCUUGGACAGGUGUCCAGAAAGGACAGUGCCACCCUGGCUGCUGGCACACGUGGUCUCAGGGCAUGCUGUCCCCCAGUGCUUCCUCCUCCCUUUUCUCUCUAGAUGGCGGUCAUCGGGCAGCAGAGCAGCAGUGGCAGCAGCCUGACGGAGCUGCAGGUAGUCAACUUGGACACCUCACACGGCGCCAAGAGUGACUGAGAGGCCUCUGCUGCCGGCCUUGUGCUGUUCCCUGGCUUGUCAUGCCAGUGCCAGGGCUGGUGGCAAUUCCUUCUCGUACAGACUGCACCAGUUAUUUAUUGUUGCCUUUUCACGUUUCCUUCAUCCACACGUGCACACACACACAAACACACACACAUGCACCCACACACACACACAUAGGGCACGCGCGUGGGGCUGCAGGACCCACCUGGGGUGGAGCUAUGCUGGGGCCAUGCAGGGCUUGGGGGCAUUUGGAUGCUGCGAUAGCUGUGCUUGUCUCAUGCCAGCCAAAGAAACUUGUCUCUCGAGGGGAGGAUUGCUCUGUGCUGCAAAUAAAUACUGCGGGCCAUUCCCAGCUGGAGGCUUUGGCUCCUUCUGGGCACUCCGAAGACACCUUGCCCAUGAGCGUUUGCUCUGCAUGGGGCUCAGCUCAAACCCGGAGCUGUCCUGCAGGUGUAGUUCGGAGCAGAGCGGGCCAAGGCUGUGCUGCUGGCCUCAGCAAUGUGCCUUUGUGGGGGUGAUGGGUCCUGGCUGCAGCAACUUGCCCUGGGCUCUGGACAGGGGAGAGUGGCCAGCUUGCAUGUGCAUCUCUGGUUGGGCCUGCAGCACAUGGCCCCAUCCUCCUUGUAUGCACUACGGUGAGCCCUCUGCCCUCAGUGCCUCCUCGCUGGGCUGCCUGGCAGACUUGCAGCCUGACUGGCUCUGCCCCGGUGGCUGCCCUCGCACAGCUGAGGUGGUCGGUGGACACCCAGGAGCACAGCGAUGCCCAAGAGAGCUCCUGGGGGGCUCUGUGGCCAGCCCAGUCCCACACUCUCCUCUCAGCCCUCACACUGCUUGCGGACUCCGUACACCCAGGGGAAUGUGGUCAGGUCUUUCCCACAUCCCUCUGCAGCUCCAGCCAGCGCUUUCUAAAUUCAUCUGAUGCAAGGUGGAGAAACAACUCAAGUGUCAAAGGGAAGAGCCCAUGGGGCACUGAGCUGCUGGGCACAUGGCAGGCUCUUCCCCUGAGCCCCAGGGUGACCUGCAGGCCGUCCUGGGCUGCGGAGGAGCGGCUGCGAUGCCUGCACAGGCUCAGCAAGGCUGGGGGAGAAGGGCUGGAGCAUGCUUGGUCCUGCAUGGGAGUUGCUGUGAAUGGCUCUGCUACCUAGCCCUGUCCCUGGAGGGAAAGUGAGCAAGUGAGAGAAGCUGCUGAACCCUUAAGGGGAAGAAGCAGCUACUGUAACUUUUUUUUUUUUUUUUUUUAAGUUAAAGACAAAAGAAGCCUUGGAGAAAAAAAAAAAAAGAAAAAAAAAAGAAAAUUACUUUAUUUUUCUAAGUGUUAAACUCAGUAUUUAUGUAAUUCUUUGAGGAAUAAAAGUUUGGCUCCUGUACAGUUUUCAUGGGGUUUGUACCAGGGGAUGGGAGAGGGGUGGGGGGGCAUGGAGGCAGGAAAGGGGCCUUGCUUUUGAGUUUGUAUUGUAACCUUGGACAUGUUCCCUCAGCAUUAGCGUUUAAGCUGUGCUCUUCACCCACCAGCAUGUGCCAGGGAUCAAGCUUCACCCCGUGGGAUGCUUGUUUCCCACUUAGCUGUACUGAGGACUCCAUACCCAUCAUUUUGGGCUUAACGGGCAGAAGGCAAGUGAAGAAGUGGCUGGUCUCAAAGUGGGAAACCCAUCCCUUGGGAGCAAGGGGCUUGCAGUGUGCCCAGGAGCCAGAGUUGGACUGGGUUUUCUUAUGGCUGUCCUGUUCACCUCUAGUCCUGGGACCUGCAGCUGUUCUGACAUUGCUCUUGGUGUGGAGCGGUGCUACCUGUGACUGCCUAAGGGAUAUCGGCAUCCCCACUCCUCCCUAGGAGGUGAGUGGCCAGCAGUGGCUGAUCCCUGCUCUGCCUGCUCACUGUGCAGGUAGCAACACCUAGCUGACGAUCUGGGCUGUAGUUCCUCCUAUAUAGCUGUUCCUUGGUGCACAGAUGUGGACAGGUCCCACCUAAACCCUCUGUGCAAAGAGCCCUUGGUCUGUUAGGCAGCCUGGAAAGGGCUCUAGGGAAUGGGGUGGCCCCUCUGGUGAGAGUUACAUUUUGUGCUGCCUCCCCUUGGUAUCCUUGCUCUAAGAGUGAUUUAUACCCUGCAGCUCAGAGCAUGUGGGAGUGCUGUGCCAUACCCCAUUGCUAGGUCUAUGAAAGUUGCUUUGUGAUGCUUCCAAAACAAGGCUGGGUAGCUAGGAGUUCAUCCAGGGAGGAGGAUGGCGUUGGGGUUUGCAUUGUCCUUUGCCCCAGCACAUCACUGUGGCCUGGCUUUACUCCGCUUUGCUUGUGCUAGCGCUGCGGAGCAGAGCGGUUGGGCUGGGAUGGCAGGAGUGCCCCUGCUGCUGCAGGGUGUCUGGCUGCAUCCCCUCCCUGGCUCCCCAAAGGCAACUGCUGGUUAAACGCUAAUGGUGUAUUUUAUUUAAGUACAGACUUGUAAGAACACUUGUGUAUCAGGGAUGAAAUGGCAUUUAUUGUGUGUUGACAUUUUAGUUCAUUUUACUGGUUUGAGGGUUGUGUGUGUGCGUGUGUGUGUGUGCGCGUGUGUACGCAUAAGUGUGUGUGGGAUUUUUUUUUUCCCCUCCAGUUUCCAGGGUUGUGUUUCUGGAAGGAUGUGGAAGUAAUCACAGUACUAUGUACAGAGCUUUCUUUUGUAUUAAAAAAAAAAAAAAUACUCUUUCAAUAAAUGUUAUCAUUUUGUGCACA